AAGGCAAGUGUACAAGCACAUAGGCCAGCUUUCUGAUUUUCUUCGUCUAGUAAACAAUGUCCAACACGUGGGUGGUCGAAAAUUCCAAACAGACAGACAAGAUUGACAAGAAUCUUAGACAAGAACAGCCCCAUGACUGCCCUAAACUUCGCUAAAAUGUUUAAAACAGAUAUGUUUUCUUUGUGUUUUCUGUGUAUUGUGAAUAUAGUGUGAAUCUGUGCUUUUUUAUUUUUUUAGAUAAUUUGUUAAUAUCUAUGGUUUGUUAAUUUCCUUGACGGAAUAGAAUUCGUAAAGCCAUUCAUUUGUGAAAGCCUGAUCAUUGUUUUAUAUGAUGAAGAUACUAUUGAUACUAUUUCUGUAUCUAUUUGAAACCUCUACUAUUUUAGUUGAUUCACGAUCUGUUUUAUUUGAAGAUUAUCCGACCAAUCAGUCUGAGGUGUCGGUUAGAACCGAAGUAAAUAAUUUUUUAGGCUCCCCAUACGUACGACACAAAGAACUGUUUAAGCCAAAGGGCCAAAGGUAUUUGGAUAAAUCAUUAUUUGAUACCAACCCGGAAUAUUGUAAGCGAAAUGCAAAGUGUGAAACUCUACAAACGUCAAAAUGUAUGGGGGCUAAAUUGCCCUACCAUUCGACUACAUUAGAUUUAACUGAUCUGAGUAGUCAAGCAAAAGUUCAGGAAAAAUUACUGCUUUAUGAACAGUACUUACGUUAUAUACCAAAGUGUUGGGCUGUAAUACAACCAUUCUUUUGUGCCUUGUACAUGCCGAAGUGUGAAGAUGAACAAGUUGAUUUGCCCAGCAGAGAAAUGUGUCGAAUCAUUUUACAACCCUGCCAAAUAGUUUACAAUAGUACAGUUUUUCCUGAGUUUUUUAAUUGUGAAGAUGAGAGGCUGUUUCCUUCAAAGUGUAGGAAUGACAUCCAUGAAAUGAAAUUUAAUACAACUGGAUAUUGCAUGGAACCUUUAAUUCGGUCUGAUAAAGCAGAAUGGUGGUUUAAAGAUGUUGAAGGCUGUGGUUUGCAUUGUAAAGAUUCUUUAUACACAGAAAACGAAAUUGAUCAAAUUCAUAACUUAAUAAAAUGGUGUGCUAGUAUAUGCAUUGUGCUUGGAAAUUUUAUUGCAAUAAUGACAUUUGUUAUGGACUGGAGAACAGCCAAUAAGUAUCCAGUGAAAGCAAUAUUUUUUGUAAAUAUUUGUUUCCUUAUAUCUAAUGUAGGGUGGAUAGUUCAAUUUAUAGGAUAUGACACUCGAGAAGAUAUCGUUUGUAAAAAGGACGGGACUUUAAGAAAAUCAGAACCUAGCGCCACAGAAAACCUCUCGUGUGUCGUUAUUUUCUUUUUGGUGUAUUAUUUUCUCAUUGCUGGCUUAGUAUGGUUUAUGAUUUUCAGUUAUGCUUGGUACAUGAGCUCCCUACAAGCUCUAGGAAAAAUACAGGAUAGAGUAGAUAAGAAAAGAGCCUACUUCCAUUUGGUAGCUUGGAGUCUACCGUUAAUUUUAACUAUAACAACAAUGGCUAUAGGUGAAAUUGAUGGUGAUUAUACUAUGGGCAUAUGUUUUGUUGGAUUUGUUAAUUUAUAUGCAAAAGGACUUUAUUUGGCUCCUCUAAUAUCAACAAGGUUAAUUUCAAUAUACUUCAUAGUUCAAGGUUUAAUACUCUUGAUUGAAGUGAAAAGUGAAAGCGAAGAAGUUAUAUCUCAAACCUCUGCUAGAAGAAUACAGUCAGUUAUUGUCAGAAUGGCAGUUUUUAUAAUUUUUAUGGUAUUAUUCUGCAUAGUUACUAUUAGUUAUCAUAUAUACGUGGCUAUAAAUAGAGACCAGUGGAAUGUCAGUUUAGAAGAUUAUAUUUUAUGUAAAUUGACCAGCUUCAGUAUGGACUAUUCUCAUUGCAAACAGAACAAAAGGCCUAGUGUUGCAAUGCUCCAGUUACAAUUAUUGGCAAUAUUCGGAGAAGGCAUUGCAAUGGCUUCGUGGACGUGGUGUUGUGCCACGUUCCGUGUUUGGAGAAGGUUCAGUAGAAAGAUUCUAAGAAAAUGUUGCGGAAAAAUGGACGAAGAUACGGAAACAAUGCCUAUGAAGGUACAAAAACAUAAAAUAAUUACCCGGGUAUAUUCCAAACGAAAGAAGUAUAACGAAGGCGAAAAUAUAUCGGUUUGGAGCCAGAACCAUACUGAUCCUGUGGGGCUACAGUUCGAAUUAAAUGGCGCAGCCAGUAACGAGCUCAGCUCGUCGUUCGUAAGGUAUUUGCCGAGAUUGGUAAAUAGAAGACAAGCGGCCCUAGAUUCUGACUUGAUGAGCGAUUUAAGCGUGAUCUACAGGCACGUGAGCAUAGAAUCGAGGAUGAACUCAGGGGAUAGUCAAGUAUCAGUGCAAAUAGCUGAAGUAAAGGCCUCUUUCAAACAUCAUUUUAGAAGUCGCUCACGGAAUAUUGGGAAUUCUUCAAAUAUGCAUUCUCGUUACGGCAGUAAAAGAGACAGCAGCACUAGUUUAGAUUCUCAUUUCCAAAUUUUGAAUGCUCUUACUAACGGCAACGACGUUGCAAAUUUAUAUCCAAAUAUGAACAGACGCACAGCUAAUGCAGGACUGGAUGGGGCGCACUUUGGUCAUCUUUUGUCUAAUGGAAAAUUCGUUUUGCCUUGUACUGGCUCAGAAGAUGAAAGCGUAUCGGUAACUAUAUCCGAAAGUACGUUUAGUAUGACAGUAGCGAAUCAAAACCUCGAUCUAAAUGAUCAGUUUACAAUUAGUCAACUCAGAGACGGUUUGAACAUCCAACAGAUCAGUACCAGCGAAGACGAAACAAUGAGCAAUAAGGAUUAUGAUCAGGAGAAAAGGUUUUCUAGAUCGGGAAGAGAUUCUCGUUCCAGCAAGCGAUCUAAAAAAUCCAAAAGAUCACGAGUAAAGUACAGCAGUGACUCGGACUCUUACAACGAGCCACACCUAAAAGGCCCAAGCGAGAGCUCGAGUUGUCCCGAAUUAAAGCAGCUGGUGCAGAGCUCUGUAAAUUCGGCCGCUAGUGGAGGAUUUGAGGGGAACCGCUCGAGACUGUCGAAAACCUCGAUGGACGUGGCCGUUCAGGCAAACGCUCACGAUCUCGAUUUGGAAAUGAACAAGAGCAACGAGGACGACCAACUUAAUAAAUCAAAACAGGCGAAAACGAGAGAGAACAAAAAGUAUCGCAGGGCGAGCAAAUACAAAGAGAGCCUCGAUUUAGACGCCAGCAAGAAUUCGAGCGAAAAGAUUCGAAAAUGGAAAGAGAAAUACAGGAACGAUGGGAGCGUCCAAGAGAAAGAACAGAUGUAUAAGGAUAAUCGUUCGGAUUCUAGCGACGAGGAGGCGCUGAUUGUAGAUAAUAAUAAAAUAUUCUUAGAGAGGUCCAAAGAAAUAACUGCUAAGUAUUAAAAUUUAAUGUAGACUGAAUUUUAUUUGUUGUCCAAAAAAAAAGAUGACAAAUUCUAUUGAAUUUCAAUGUUUUAGACUGAGACAACUUUCCAAUUUAUUGUCCUAGGAUAGGGAAUAUCUAAAUCCCUGGCUCAAGCAGAGAGACGAAUUCUUGUCGGUUCUUAUUCAGAGUUAACCACAGCUCAUUCUCUCACUACCAGCUGGUCAUCUUCGCUUAUUUUUCAGUAUUCGCGUUUUACCUUUCACGCCUGGCUCCGAAUUUUGCCACUUCGACAUAAAAACGCGACACUUUCAAAGUGACUAUAUACUAUACUGCCGAUUACUCGCUGACUCGCUUAUUCGAUACGAUUACUCACUGACAAGUAUUUGACACGCAUCAGAAGAUGGUUACGCAAAGCGUUUUCUUUCAUGAACUUUUCUGUGACUGAAAAGCCCGAUACGUGAUGUUAUGUGUCUAGCGCACUCCGGACAUUCAAAAAUCUCAUUGCUUUGUUGCCUUUUUACUGUUUGCUUGUCGUUAGCUGAGUUGACAAUUCUUCUCCAUUGCGUCCUAUUGUGAGCUGAGUCUUCCCACUCAAUCUGCAUGUUAAUCCCCUCAAAGUUUUUAUGGAAAAUAUCCUUGUACCUUUUAAGUUGUCCACGCGGCCUCGUCUUACCGUUUACAAGCUCACCGUAAAGCAGCAAUUUUGGUAUGCGGUUCUCUUGCAUUCUGCGAUCGUGACCAGCCCAUCUUAAGCGGGAUUUUGUAAUCAUGACUUCAAAACUCUCGCAGUUAGGACUUUUCAAGGACCGAUAUGUUUGAAACAUGAUGGAACUAUUGGAUUCUUAAGAGUUGUUUCCAAACUGGCAAGCGAAAGUAGUCGUUCAGCGGAACGCUAAACAGUACAUUUUGGAAUUUUCCUUGCAGUGGGAAUCGUUUUCUGGAUACGCGUUUAGCACAUAUUGACAACAUCGCAAUUUCUCAGGUAUUUAAUAGUCAAAUGUGGAUAAAACGUUGAAAAUUGUUAUUGUUAUAUUAAUUAUUGUUGAGUUAUGUCAACCUAUUUUUCUAUGGAUAUGUCAUUAUUCUUAUCAUACAAGGGAAAUAUUGAAGACGCUUCCCAGUAUUUUCGAUGUAUUGAACAAUAUUUAUAGCUGACAAGUCGUAAAUUUAAGCCCCUCAAUUACUUAUUGCAGAAUUUAUACAAGUAUUUUUCACUAACAAGCAAGAGAACGCACAAAAUCACAAUUUUUUCUAUUUUUACUGACAGCUGCAUCUAUUUUUAAGUUAAAUAAAUAAAUAAAUAAAUGUUAAUUCGAUGAUCUUUUAGAGUGCUUUCACACACACACACACACACCGGUAAAAUAGUCGUGGGCCGGCCGGCAAAUACAAUAGAAUUAAAUACAACUGUCGGAAUGUGUGCAAAACCGGCGCCGGCUCCGGUACCGAUUUUGCCGGUGGGUAUGCAAGCGCUCUUAAGGUAGCCGUUUUCGAAUCGCUAGAGAAAGACGCUAAGCUCAUUAAAGUUAAUUAUACAUUAAUACCCAAAUCGGUAGUCAAGUGCGAGCUAAGCGAAAUUUUACGUCAUAUGUGCUAAACGUCUAAAAGUGCUUAGCGUUUUCUAAGUUACAGAAUUUGGGCCCUAUUCUCAUACCCAUGCUGGCACUCAAUGCACAAGUCUCGAUAGUUUUGUUACAACUUGCGUUACAAGGUAAGCGAAGGUAGUUCUGAAUAGGAUUUGCUGCCAACGAACGAUACGGGUAGAAUGGUCGUAAUUAAAGAAAAGGCCAGGACAACCUACGCUCAGGCUCAUGGAUCGGCGAAACCUUAAAUCGCAAGCACGAGGCGGUUGGAAGGUUCUGUCUUCAGUUGCGACCAUUUUACUUGUUCCAUCAUAACGGGAAGUAUUAAUAAGUUUAUUACCGUCAUAUAUUAACUUUGUUCAUUAAGAACAUUCAGUAUGAUGCAAUCGUCAUCUUUUGUAAAUCGAACUGUACAUCAUGUAGUGAUUUCUAGCAGAGAUAGCAAGAUUUACUGUUUACCAAAUAAUUUAGUGUGUAUAUACUUAUAAAGGGUUAGUUUUAAAUAAGUGCACAUAAAAAACAUAUUUUCCCUUUACUGUUUUUCCAAGUCUAAUAGAUGUUUUUUAUUUUUGGAAAUUUAAAAAUAUAUAUAUUUUGCUUAAAUUUUGAGAAUCCCAGUGUUUCUCAAAUCUUGAUAAUUCAAAAUGUGUUUUAACAGAAAAUUAUAAAAAAAAUAUAUAAAAUUUUUAAGGUUUUUUUCUUGAAAAAAAUCAUAGACAUGUUCCUGCUACCCAUAAUAAAUAUAUGCACUUAUUUCAGACUCACUUUGUAUAGUAUAGAGAAAACAUUGUCUCAGGAUUGUUUAUUCUUGAUAAAAGGUUUCAUUAAAUUUGCUACUAGUAGAACGGAAAUAGUUGAAUUUUUUGGUUCCUUUAUAAAAAAACGUCAAUUCUAGUACAUUCAAUAUUAUUUUCAUUGAUUAAAAAAAGUUGGUUAGCUACCUGUUAGCUAUAUAUUCUUUUAUAUUGAAUUGGAAGUUAGUGGUGGUUUCAUGUAUGAAAUUGACAGUUUGUUUAAACUUUGUUAAAACUUUUCGUUUUUGGUUCUUUUUG